AAUUAACAAACGGAGACGUAACAGUGUGUAAACAGUUGUUUGUUAGUGAUUGUGGCCUAGUAGCUCAAUCCCAGGAGGACAUGCUCUCAUUAUGAUAUAACCAUCAAGUUGAAAAGGACAGAAGUUCUGUAUCAACCAGCACUAAGCAAAUCUUACAUCUUUGAGGUGGUAGACAAGUUAACUUACUUGGAGAGCAUGCUGUCAAGAGAAUCCACCAUUGAUGAAGAAAUUGUCAACGAGAUUGCUAAAGCAACCAAAGCCUUUAUAAGGCUUUGGAAACACCUCCUGAACCAAAAAGGCGUCACUUUACAGACCAAGUUAAAAUUCUAUAAAUCCAUAGUCAUCUCAUCUCUGUUUUAUGCAUGUGAGUCUUGUACAACAUACAUAUCCCAUAACUGAGUCUAAUCGGCUUCUCUAAAAUCGAGAACAUACAACACUUACUAGCUCAGUAAUUGGGCCCAACUUCCAAAUACAAUAAUUAUUGAUAAUAGAGAUAUUAUCUAUAAUAACAAAUUGCUCUUGCACAACUGCGUUUCUAAGAAUAUUAUUUUCACUAAUAUCAACAAUCUUGUAAAAAUGAAUCAUUUUCAGUUGGCGUUUUGAUACGAGUGAGGAAACAGAUCCCGUAAUUUUAACCGAUUAUUCAGACUAACAGAAAUAGUGAAUUUAUCUGUAAUGUAUUCCAAAAAUCAAUAUAUCCCAUAACAAUAGUAGCAAAACUAAGUACCUUGUAUAUACCUAUUAGUUGUGUACGUAGUUUUUAAAAGCAGACCAUCACGCGACAUUUCACACAAAGCUUCAAAUUGAAGUUUACAAAACAUUUCCUAACAGACACUAUGGUGACGCAUUGCCUUCUCUAAUCUUCUAAUGUAUUAAGACUAAGUGUCCAACAUGAAUACGAAGGCUUACGGCGCCGGUUUAGCUGGAGGUCAAUUUGAUCCUAUUACUUUUGUUCAGAGACCUCAAGUCAUUUUAAGAGUGCUGUGUUGGCUUUUUGCUGUUAUAGUUUUUGGAUGCAUCUCUGCUGAAGGGUGGAUAGAAGAUAAAUGCUCAUAUAAUAAUGAUGCCAAUGCUUGCAACUUUGGUGUGGGUGUUGGUGUUAUAGCAUUUUUAUUGAGCAUUGGAUUUAUUAUGUUGGAAGGAAUGUUUGAGAACAUUUCCAGUGUUAAGAUUCGGAGAAGAGCAGUACUAUUUGACUUGGUGAUCUCAGCUAUUUGGGGAUUCAUGUUCUUUGUUGGUUUCUGCUACUUGAGUGAUGUUUGGCGCAAGUCCAACUACCCAGAGGGAGGAUAUGGAGUCAACAAUCUACGUGCUGCUAUUGCUUUCAGCUUUUUCUCUAUAUUUGUUUGGGCUGGUUGUGCAUUCUUAGCUUUCCAGCGAUAUCGACAAGGUGUUGAUUCAGCAUUUGCUCCUAGCUAUGAAGCAGAUCCCAAUGCAAUUCCAGGAGAUAUUCCAUUUGGUGGUUACCCUGAUGGUCCAGACAUAAACGAAGCCUACCAGGAACCUCCAUUCUCUACAGGGAGCCAGUCUGAGAAACUUCCUCCAGGCACCAGCAAUGCUUUCCAGCAACCAACUUAUUGAUAUGCAUGGUUGUGGCAGUUCAGAUUCGAAAGGAUAUUAAACCUUUCUUAUGUGCCAUACAUGUAGAUGGUACAUAAUGCAGUCUGCUGUAUGGUAUGGAUGUUGGAGUACAGUUUGUUUAGUUGGUUACUUUUGCUUGGUUAGUAUGAGAAGGAAUCAUUAGUGUUUUAGAGCUGAGUAGUUGUGAUUUAGCACAUUACAUUUCUAUAUUUGACUUGUCCCAUUGUUAUAUGCAUUAGUAUUAAGAAAGUGGAUAGCCCUUGAUUAGUGCUUUAAAGCUUUACUUUAUGUUUAGCAAAGUUCUUUAUUUUACUAGCAUCAAGGUAAUUUUAAAACACUAGAAUGUUGGGGUUCUGAAAAAAUAAAGCUGAUGCUUUAUACUUUACAAUAUUGAAUGGAUAAAAUUCAAAGUAUGUCACUGAUUGUUUCUGUAACUUUACUUCCAUUUAUAACACACAUUCAUUAAGACAGAUAGUAUAUGGACUAAUCAGAUUUUUGGUUUUUAAUUGUAAACUUUUUUUAUUUUUGUAUGGUACCAGAGUAUCAUCUAGUAAAAUUCAGAACCGAAUCUUCACAACUUGUCAUUAAGUUGUGUAUUAUUUGUUUUCAAAAGAUUUAAAUAUUUCAGUGUCAUUAAUCUACAAUGUAUGUUUAUGGUUAAUGUUGUCAUACAGAGUUUCUGUGCAGUUGUCAGUUGAACUACUUCUGUUAGUGUGAUUUUUUGUGUGUAUUAUUUGUUUUCACAAGAUGUAAUUAUUUUGGUGUCGUUAAUCUACAAUGUAUGUUUAUGGUUAAUGUUGUCAUACAGAGUUUCUGUGCAGUUGUCAAUUGAAUACUUCUGUUAGUGUGAUUUUUUGUGCAUUUUUGUUGGUGUAUGAGUUUUGUGUGUAGUUCAAAAUAGUUAAUUUCUUUAAGUUUUUUAUUGUACUUUAAAUGAGAAAUUCAAACCUCUUUGGUAAGAGAGAUGUAAAAAUAAACUUAUUUAGAAUAUGAUGUAAAGUAAGAAGUUGUGUAUCUUAACUAAUUUAAGUGCAUUGUUAUGUAAUCAUACUGGUAACAGUAGUGACUUGUAGGUUUGAACAAUAUUUUCUGUGUUAAUCAUAAACUCCUACCUUAUCACUAACUUACCUGAAUAAGAAUUGUGUUGCUGCCAUGUAAUUUCUUCUUCAUACACUUAGUUUUUCUGCAGGUGUGCCUUUUUAUCAGUUUCUUUUCAUUUUAAGCAUUUUGUUUUAAUCUUCAGUAUGAAAUAGUGUCAUGUCAGAUAAGAUACUUAUUUUAACUAUAUUACCUUUAUUAGUGGUCUCAUGGUCUCAAAUAUUUCUGAAUUAUAGAAAUACUAACUGUAUAAAGUUCACUAUUACUUAUUUUUAUAUGUAAUGUUAAUAGCCUUUUUCUUUCUGUGGUUGAAAAACCUAUUACGGCAAAGGGAUAUGAUAGUUAUUUGUGACUAGCAUGCACAUCUAGUACUUAUGGUUUUUUUGUAACUGCUACACAGACAUAAAAUAUCCAUUAUAAAGCAUGUUUGAUGUUAAUUAUAUUUUAUAAUUAUAUACAUUAAGUUCAACUUAAUGGGUACUAACAUUUCCAGAAGAGCAUAUUGAAUAUAAACCACAAUGGAAGAGUUCUAAUUUUUCACAAAAUUGUUGUUUUGCACUAUGUCUUGAAAAUAUUUUUAUCUUUUAUUUAGAAAAACUUCAAAUUUCCAAACUUGUGUUUUGAUUAUAAUUAUAGGAAAUUGGAGUCCGUAUUUUCUGAACUAAUAUAAAAAUAUUGUGGAUAAAUAGGGGCAAUAAGGAGGCUAUGAUCUGAGGGCAUUUCAGUUUCGAAAUAGAUUUUGUGUUGGACAUGAGAUGUUUUUGAACCAUAGCAUUAGGUAUUGUGUCUAAUUCUUCCACUUCAAAAUGCAUUUAUGUAUAUUUUUCACUGUUGUCAGUUAAGAUUGGAAUAAAGCCUUUAUCUCUAUAUGUAUAUAUAUAUAUUUUCUGGUAUCAUCUUAAAGCACAGUCAGUGUUGUGGGUGUAUAAUUGUUAAUAUUGUCAAUGUACAUACCAGCGUAUCUGUUUACCAUGUUAGUACUAAACAGUAUGUUUUCAUAAUUACCUAGAAAUCUGUUGGUGGCUAGAGCUAUAUGUACAUGUUUAGAGGUACCAAAAACAACUUUGUUUAUCAUUGUUAAACCAAAGGUUUCAUGAUGUUAUCAGUCAUUAGGGUGUAUUAUUUAAUUAUUAUUCUCAGGCAGUUAUACAUUCAAAGUUUGAAAAUAGAAAUUGAUUUCAUUUUGCAAACAAGUAAGUCAUUGAUAUUAUGUUUUUACAAUUUUUAACAAAUCUAGAAUUAAUAUUUAAAUAGAAGUCUGAACUUAGGUCUUGGCAUUAUAUUUCUGUCUCUAACAUCAUUUUCAGAUUAAACAUCUGACUUCGUUACUGUGUGUGAAAAACAUUCCAUUGUGUAUUUAGUUUUUAAAUGUAUAUUUCCAUCAUAAAGUACAUAAUUUGUGUUCUCAGUGGCUAGAUUUUGUGUACUUUAAAUUUCAUGUUAAGUGAUUUGUAGCCAGUAAAACCAAUUUGAACUAUUGUUGAGUUAAUGAGUAUGCAGUGAAUCAAACAAAUAAGCAUCAGUUUUCAAAAUAAAAUUGGAAUCUUUAUUUAUUUGUUGACUUUUGAGGCCUUUCACAAGUCUAAUACUAUUAGUAUGUUAUUAUUUAUUGUAUGUUGGGAAGAGUAUGGAAUGACUUGAAUAUUUAUUGCUUAAUAAUAAUUUAAUUAAAUUUCUUAGAAAAUUUGUAUUUCAGUUCACAUGAUAAAACAAAAGAUUGCAACCGUAGUAUGUUUCUAUUUUUAAUUUGUUGAUUUUAUUUUGAUUAGUGUGCUUAAGUCUGAAUUUAGGUUUAGAAUAGACCAUAUAGAAUAGUAUUGUAGCUAAGCACUUGAACAUUUUAAGAAUGAUGACAUCAUGUUUGGCCCAUACAAGUUAUAAUAAGUAGAUAUUAUCAUCUUGCAAGUCAAAGAACUGUAGUGAAGAGCUGCAAAUUAAACGUUACGUUAAUUAUAACAUUUCAAGGGAACAAUAAAUUUAAUUAAAUAUUUUUGUUGAUUAUUAAGGAUGUAGUGGAUAGUGUGUUAAUAAUACAGUUUUAAAGAAGUAGCCUUACACUAUUAUUAAUGUAGCAACUCUGUAUUAGGAUAAGGAUAUAAAAUAAGUUAAGCAUGACAUGCAAAACCUGUAACAGUUACAAAAUUGAAAGUGUGUGUAUAUUGGUUUAAUAAUAUUGUUGAAUAACUCUAACAAUUACAUUGUGGAAAGGAUCAAUAGAGUAUGAACUAAUUUUAUAUUUAUGUAGUCUAAAUCUGUAGGCAAAACUUGGAUCUGAUGAAUUUUGACACCUUUUUUAUAUAUGCACAAUCUUAUAAAAUUCUUUACAUAAUAUUGUUCUGUAGAAUUCUCAUUGCAAGCCAUUCAUUCCCUACUUGGAUUACACAUACAUUUUUGUCAGUUGUUUAAGUACAGUGGAUGUUUGAAAAUUAAAUACUGUUAUAUUUAAGUAAAAAUAGAUAAGAGAAAAAAGGUAGUCUACAUAUUUUUAAGUGCAAAUAUAAAUUUUUACUUUGCGAGUUCAGACACUGUCUUAUUUUAGACAGCAUAUUGUAGUAAUAAAGCAAACUUAAUGCAUCAGAAAGUCAAGCCAUGUACUUAAAAUAUUCUUCAGAAGUGAGUGAGAAAUUUUAUUACAGUAAAAUUUUUCUAGUGUAAAAUAUCUUCAGAAAUAACAAACAUUUUUACUUUGGACAUAACACAGAAAUUUUGUGUGAGGUUUACUGACUCUGUAAUUGUAAUUUGCAUUGGGUGGAAUUAAACAUGGGUUAAACUAUUUUCUUGUUUUGAAAAAUUGAGCUUCAUCAAUGUGAAUGAAGCAUUUAGUUGUCAUUCAUAGUUUUUGAGCUGUGGGGAAAGUAUUUGUAAUAUGUACAUUAAAGACACAAACCUUCUUUACAUGGAUAAUAAUGUUAUAAUGUCAGAAAGUUAAGUUCAUAUGUAUUAAAGAAAUCCUGGCAGUAAUGAUUAGUUAAUUACAAUAUAGUAAAAGGGGUAUUUCUUUACAAUUUGACUUUUGUUGUUGUGGUAGAUUUGUUGCUUAUUACUGUUUUCAUGCAAUGAUAGUUUGAAGCUUACACCACUUGACAGAAUUUUAAGGUUGUAACAUGUCAUACCUGUACUUUCUGCUUUUGGUUACUCAUGAAGUGGAUUAAUAACAAACAGUUAAUUUUUACUUACCGACAUUAAUAUUAUUAUGCAACAAAUAAAGAUCAUUUAUUGUUGUUGUUGUUUUUUAUGUUGUUUAUGUUACAGAGCAGUAUGACUUACACUUACUGUAUUCUAAAUGUUCUUGAUGUCUACUGUGAAGUACUUAAUUCUAGUCAAUAAUAAAACUAUAUAUAUAUAUGGUC